UUGCAACUCUAACCCAAAGCUCUUCUUCCGUAAGGAAAUUCGCCUGGCUACGGCCCCAUCUCCCUUGUUCAAUCUUUUCAUAGCUACCCUCACUUUGCUUUGUAUUGAGCAUUUUCGCUCUUUCGAAUCCCCCAAACUCUUCACCUCCUCCGAAUAUCAACUUCAUAUUCGACAACAUGGAAUCCACACUUAACACUAUCCUCGCCAGAGCGACGCUCGACAAGAAUAACAUCGACCCAGAUAACCUCAAUCUCACUACAACCAAUUCCACUCUCAUUGGUAUGCAGAGGAAAUACUGCCACUUGGGGGAGUGCCCCAUGUGGUGGGCAACAAUCAAAUACCGACCAACAAUCGCUGGUAACACCAUCUACAUGAUUCUGUUCGCGAUCCUAUUAUCUGUUCAGAUAUUCUAUGGUAUCCGUAAGAAGACGUGGACUUAUAUGAGCGCGAUGAUCAUGGGUUGCCUCCUUGAGAUCAUCGGCUAUAUUGGCCGCCUCAUGCUGAACAACAAUCCCUUCAUCAUGAAUAACUUCCUAGUCUACCUCAUUUGCCUGACCAUUGCUCCCGCCUUCUUCACUGCUGGCAUCUACCUCUGCCUUAGCCGAGUCAUUACCGCCAUCGGCUCUGAGAACUCCCGCAUUAAGCCCAAGAUGUACACGUAUGUCUUCGUCGGGUUUGAUCUCCUGUCCUUGGUCCUCCAAGCCAUUGGUGGCGCUCUUGCCUCAACCGCCAAGGACAGCAAGGGCUCCAAGACUGGCCGAAAUGUCAUGAUUGCCGGUCUCGUCUCUCAGGUCAUUUCCAUGGCCUUGUUCUUCAUCGUCUGGGCAGACUUUGCUCUCCGUACCCGACGUGCGAAGCUAUCUGGAGCCCUUGCCCGAACCGAACCCCCACUCUAUGCUUCUCUCCGUUCAACCAGGAAAUUCAAACUCUUCCAGUGGAGUCUCUUCAUCGCCACCGUUCUCAUUUUCGUUAGAUGCAUCUACCGUGUCAUUGAACUCCAGGGCGGCUUCAGCGGACACCUCGCCAACGACGAAGCCACCUUCAUGAUCUUCGAAGGCCCAAUGAUAAUCCUCGCAGUCACGGCAAUGACCGGAUUACACCCAGGCCGUGUAUUCGACGACCUUUGGGUGCCUGCCGGAAAGGGCGUUCGAUCUCAAAGUGGCAUGAACAAGCUUGGCAGCUCGGCCUCAACAACUGAGCUUACGGACGGAAGUGAAGACUGGAAGAACAACCACAACACUGCUUACCAGCGGGUGUAAGCAGAACGUUCUCCAUGCAUGUAUUUCUCGUUGUGUUUUUCAAGAACGGUUUCUGAUAGUCCGAGUUGAGAUAUCGACCAUGUUGUUGGGAGUCACAGCUGCUGUGCCGCAAACGUGGCAGAGACAGAUACCACUCCGUGGGAUCCUAUUGGUAGCGACUUAGAACUAAGAAUCCAGAGGAUUAGAUUACAGGCCUCUAGCAUUGGAGUUAACACCAUAAAACAAGUGGAAGCGCAAGCGUUGCAUCAGAGGUGUUUUGUGG